AUGAAAUUAUCUAUGGCGAAAUUCGAUGAUGACUUAGAGAAACUUGAAGAAAGUAAACCUUCAGUGAUAGAUAACGAUAAGCUAAUAGAUAGGAUUAAUCAACUUCAAAUUAAAAUCGAUUCUUUACAGGAUCAACUCCAACAGAAAACAAAAGCCAAUAAACAAUUGGAGAAAGAUAACGGACAGUUGAAGACAAAGAUAGGCAAUUUAAAUUUCGAAAUCAUCGAAAAGAAUAAAGCCAUUGAAACCAUCAAUGAUGAGUUAUUAUCUUGUAAUAUUCAAAAUAAUGUUUUGAUCAAUAAGGUUGACGACUUGACUAAGGAGAAUGACAAAUUGGUGGAAAGAUGGAUGCAAAGAGUAUCACAAGAUGCAGAAAAGUUGAAUGAUGUUAAUGAAUUUUUACAAAACGCUAAUAUGAAGUAG